AUGGCAACUUCGUCGAAAGUGAUGACAGGUGUUACGAGGGAGCGCCCAAGUCACAUAGUGGAUGUCCAGCGUCCAGACCAAGGAACGAGUGCCAUUAGCGUGGAACCACCGAAAGGGCCUUCAACCAAGCCGAUUGUCAAUAUGGCAUCAUCUGAUUUAACGGAACAGUGUAGGCGUGCAACCGGUGCUCCUACUCACACAAUUGAAAUCCAGUUCCACGGAGAGCAAAUGAGUUCUGUUACUGUAUCAACAGCGAAGGCAGCUGCUGGCGCCAAAGAACAAAGUGAAGGGACAAAAUCAUCAGCUUCUCCCGCCACCUUCAGAUCCGACGUGCCAGCUGCAGCUGCAACUUCUAGGUCUCUAUCUAUGGCUUCUGUGAGCAGCCGCCCCAGCAAGCUAUCAGGACGCAGCAGUUAUGCUGAUGACGAGCAGGAGGGUGGCAAAGGCUGCUGCGGUAAAGGCUACUGCAAGAAGAAGAAGUCAGAGGCAAAAGACAACGACUCGAGGAGCUCAACAAUCUUUGACAGAUCUGCUUCAAAAAUGUCCACAAACACCGUCAGGACGCGGCCCAGUCAAAGGCGUAGUCGGACAUCUUGUUAUAAAAAAGGAGCUGGAGCCGGGACGCAGACAGGACAGAAGACCCUAAGGCUAACAAAUGCCAACAUCUCUGAUGACGGUCGUAAACCGGAGUUUGCGCAACCUUUUGAGUACUCACGC